ACAGUAAUUGCGGUGAGAGGAAUUAGCAUUGUACCUAUCCUUUGGUCGCAACUGAUAUUUUGCAUCCUUAUUUCUUAAAACAGUUCUUCAUAAACAGCUGAGUGUAAUAUACAUAUAAUCCAAGAUGCCUCGUGGAAUGGCUCAUGGGGUUCCAUUCAAAAAAAUGGGCCAAAACCCCCACAAGCGACUUAUAAUUCUGAGAUCACUUGUAAUGGCACUAAUCAAACAUGAGCGUAUAGAGGCGACAUUUUCAAAAUCUUCAGAGGCUCAAAAAUAUGCGAUAAGAUUAAUUGAUAUUGCCAAAUAUGGACCAGAAAAUACUUAUUGUAAGGACAUGGUUGAAUUUUGGACCGAUGGUGAUGAAGAGGUCAAAAAUAAACUCUUUAAUAUUUUAGUCCCAAGGUAUAAAAAUCAACAAGGAAAAUAUACAAGGUUGGCAAUGCUUCCAUUGUGGCAUAACAAAGACCAACUUCUCAGAAUGUCGGUUUUAGAACUGAAAGGAAAUCCUCUUCCACCAUUACCUGUUAAAGAAGAGAAUCCGUAUUCAUUACAAAAUGUGCUUAUUGCAGCUGCGAAGAAUGAUUGGAAGAAAUCUCAUAAGCAAAUGAAUGAUACUUCCAGCGAAUGAACUUCGUUAAUGAAAAUUCGAAAUCAUGCUGAAAAAAACAUGCAAUAAAUCGAAAUAUUGUUUUUCUUCCUAACUACGAAACUUGAGUGAAAAUGCACAGCCCCAUCGCCUGCCUGCUGUAUUUUAUGAAUUUCACCUAUUCUCGCUACUAAGAUCUUCAACCUUUGGCUGAACCACUGUUGUGGGACAUUUUCUUUCAUGCUCUAUCUACGUCUUCAUAAUUAUGAUGCCAUAUUUAAAAAUCAAGUAAAUUGCAUGUUUAACCGUGUUUGCUUUUAGUACUGAACAUUGUGUUCAAGAUGGAAGCCAAGUGCAUGGAUGUCAUUUUGGUCGUGAUGAAUUCCAGUUGGCAAUGUUGUUUUCGUGCAACAUUCUCAAAUUGAAGCCAGUUCACUCGGGGUCAGGCCUAUACAAUUAUGAUUUCUCAUAUAACUGAGUUUGUUAUUAAAAGCUUUGGUAAGCUAACUACUGCCGAGUAAGAUUCAACAUUAUUUCUGAACUGGAGAAAUAAAAACAAAAUAUCAAUCA